UUGAUGAGCAAAUCACGUGGUUUAGGUGAAUACGCCUCCCGUUAAACUAUUCCCAGAAAGGCUUAGCGUCACCCUGCUCCCCCCCAUAUGGCUUCGUCCAUGACGCUCGAAGGCGGAUGGUGGUUGAUGAAUGAUCUUGACAUCCAAACUCAAUUUAUCGUCGCCUGGCAGAGCAUAAGAUGCCACUGCCCGCCGUUUUACCCACCCUUACACUGCGAUUUUAAUAUCGAACCGAAUCCACACCCAUUGACUGUCGCCCAAUGCGCCCGCAACCCCUGUCAUCCGUCUAAUCAUUAAGGACGUCACUUGGCGCACCAUUCCAGACGCCGCAAACAUGAUGCGCCCAAGUGAUCCACGAUUCCGCCAGACCAUUAACCAGAUCUCCCAUAACCUCGAGUCUGCCAAUGAAACCGCUCAAGAAGGGAUAUAUACCUUUUCGCACAACUAUAUCGGCCCGUGCUUCGCGGGCAUAAAGAAUGGCAUCAAAUCCUGUACCGCCCUUUGCUUCCCUAGUCGCGAGGACCAGUUACGUCGUCGCAGGCGCGGCAGGUCAGGUGUUCGAGCAGAGUUUGACUUCGAUUUUUAUGACGACUGGGACUACGAUGAGGAUGCAACGGGGGAUGGGCUUUUAGGCUGGGGAACCGAUGAGUUGGAUAGAUUACUAGCUGGAAGCGGCGCUGCGCGCAGCUCCGCCGAGCAGCCCCGAGGUCAUCCCCGCAUGAGCUAUGGUGCUCGUGGUGGCCGUCGAAAAAGUGCUGCGCUGCCAAAUGAUGAGAGGCGUGACCCUACAGUUAUCCCUAGUUCUUCAUUCCUUGGAUUUCUAGAGAGGUUCCCCUGGAGGAUAGGUGCAAAGGGAAUAAGAUACAGACCGUCUGCGGCUGAUUUGCAGGAAAAUCCGGGAGGUGCACGACGAAAUGUCAUGGAAAGCGAACGUUUAAUUGAGGGGAGUGACGAGAGCGACAUGGAUGGAUCAAAAGAUGAUGAAGGCAUGCGCGCGACCAAAACUAGAUUACGGAGCGGUACGCAAUCGUCACGAGAAACUAGCAAUUCUCUAAGCUCCCGCGGCGAUCUCCUACCGAGUGACGAUGAAGAAGAUGCAGUACCCCUUGACGACGAAUUUACUAUGACAUUAGGCCGCAGGGACACAGGGGGAUCAGGGAUACACGACCCUUCACCCACAAGUAGAUCUGCCUCCGGAACAUCAAUGAAAACUACAGAAUCUUCCAAAGACUCGAAAACAUCAGGCAAAGGGAAAGGAAAACGCAGGAGGAAUUCAAGGAGAACUAUGUCUUCCAAGUCCCAGAAGUCACCAGUAUCUGACGGAGAAAUGAUAGAAACAGCGCAAAUUCCCUCUAUGCUAGACUUGAAGAGGGAGGAAGAGCAGGCUCGAUAUGAAGAAGAGAUGGAGAUUGAGCGGAAGCGCCAGGCUGCCCAAAGGCUCGCACGAGAACGCGGUUUGAGCGUAAAUGAAGAUAAUCGAGAGCCUGAGAAUGAAAAUAACGACAUCCCACAAGACCCGCAACAUGAACAACAACAACAAUAUGACGAACACACUCACGAAACCCCUUCUACCCCUGUUCAAGAACCUCGUACGCCCACUGAACAGGCAGUACAAUCGCCUGACUUAGAUAGCUCACCAAAGCCCUUAGAUAAUCGAGAUACGCUCGACCAAGCGUCAUAACGUUUAGACUGUUAUGGCUAGCGAUUAUAAUGCAAACGCCGCAAACCUCAUUGACAUAAAACCCACUCUGAGCGACUUACACUUUCAUUGUCUUUCCAACCUUCUAUUAUAGAUACCCCGUUUACCCUUCCUGUUCCCCGAGAGGGAUCAACCUACUACAAACCCCCUCUCCACGACGGCUGUUCCCCUUUUACAUACGAUACCCGGCGUGGUAUUAAUAGGCGGGAACGAAAAAGGAAACCCGUUCUGUUUCUCCUUUCGACUUGGCAAGCUUUUAUUUUUAUUCUUUCUGGAUCUUGGCUAAAUAAUUAUUUAUUCCAUUUCUUCCAUUUUCAUCUUUCUUUCCGCUUCUUGAUGUAUAGGUUUCGGUUCUUUCCACAUUUUAUCAAAUUUCCUUUUUUUUUUCCUAGGAUAUAUGACGAAUGGAGUGAUUGUAAGAUGUUCUUUUCCGUAUAUAUAGUAUACUUUCUCUCUCUCUCUCUCUCUCUUUUUAAUUUUUUUUAAUUUUUUUCCUUGCUCUUUCUUUCUUCUUUUGUUUUAAACAUGCCUUAUUCAAUUCACGCAGAGCCUUCACCGAGUAACAUCUCUCCCACGCAAUGAUGGCUACAGCGACAAUGAACAUGGUGAAUUAGCAGCUACACGCGCCAUUCUUCUGCCGAGAUACUGAGAGAAUAAUCGAUAAUAAUAAGCAUGUUUAGUUCUCCGAGCAGCUGGAUAUCUUCAAAUACACACACAAGUGCCAGUUAUUAUGACCCUGCAAUUCCCAUUUCUACCUCACAUCAUCGCUCUGAACCCCCGAUCAGCAGUGGUCUCUAAGCCCAGAAACGCGGCCACCUGGGCCAUACGAUCGACGCCCCAGAAGCACUCCGUCUCGCCACUGCUAUUGGUACAUUCGAACCAAGGGAUGCCAAAGGCACCGGUUUCCACCGCCUUAUCGCUAUUGGCGAUUAGCAGGUCUUUGAUGGGUUGGGUGUUGGACUGUUGAUUUAAAAUGUUCGUCGCCAUUAGUUAAGAUGUCUCCUGUGUAUUAUGUAUUAUGUAUGGGAAAAGGGGGAGAUUCAUCACGGCAGAAUUUUUCCCUCCCCUCUUUCUUUUUUCGUUGACUUUGUGUAUUGAUUUCUUUUUUUUUCCUUUUCUUUUCUUUUCUUUGUUCUUCUUGGGUUUAACAUACCUGUUCCAACGCAUUUGCAGCCAUCUCCUUGCCCACGGCUGCUUCCAGGAUGGGGAGGAAGGUUUUCGGGUCGUUGAGCUGUGAGUUGCCUUCGACCCAGAGCUCCUUGUAUAAAGCGUCGAAACAGGCGGGCAACUGUUCUGCGGGGAUGGCGCAGAGGGCUCGUUGGACCUGGGUGUAGGGUUUUUGUGUGAGUUUCUGAGGUGGUUCUCUCCUUUUGCUUUUUGCACCCUUCUUUGCAAAAGAGUGGACUGCAAAAAGAAAAAAAAAAAAAAAAAAGGUAAUUGAUAAUAGCUUUGACAUACACUCAUCGUUAAAAUGGGGAAUCCUUUGGGCAUGUCAGGGUACAUGGGGACAUUGAGGAACUUUGACCAGCGUAGGCGCUCGGUAUUUGUCCAUUUGUUCUUGUCUAUCAGUUUUCGAGAGGUUAGAUCAGUUCAAACAUCAUGAGACAAAGUGAAAUGGUGGAAGGGGAGAAGGGACCAUGGCACGUUGCGAUAUGACGAAAGAAAAACAUACUCUUGACAAAGAUGGGGGAGGUAUUGUUGCAUGCUUUCAAGAUCCCACCGAGGAAGACGGGCGUAUAGGUAAUAUGGCAGUUUGCGAAGACGGGGGAGUGCUAGGCAGGAGUUGCUAUUAUUAGUUCUGCGAUGUUGAAUCCCCCCCGCCCUUUUUUUUUUUUUCUAGGGGGUAGGAUAUGGAAUGGCCCCGUUGGAAUAAAAAUAGAAAGCAUAAUAUAUCCCGUUAGAAGAAAUAAAUCAACAUUAAAUCAUCUGAAA